AUGGCGUCGCUGGUCCGACUCGGUGGAGCCCUGAAGGCCGGAGGAUGCCUGUUCAGGGCUGCGGCGAGGAGGCAGACUGGGGUCCGCCAAGCUGGAGACCAUGCAGAAGUUAGCUACAGACAACUUAAGCAGGGGAACAAGUCACAGUUUAUCCAAUCAGAGAUGCUCGGUGGCUUUAUGUGGUUUUGGCUCCUGUGGCAUUUUUGGCAUGAGCCAUCUACUGUUUUUGGUCACUUUCCUUAUCCUGACCCUUCUAAAUGGACAGAUGAAGAGCUGGGCAUCCCUCCAGAAGAUGAAGAGUAGAUCUGUGAUCACAGUAGGUACAUCAUGCUUCUUUUCUUUACUGAUGCACUAA